UUAACUGUUUUUUCCAUUACCUGAUUCCAUAUACAAAGUAGUAUUCAUUUGGGUAUCUCUUGAAAUACAACCGCUGUGCUAUUACGAAUAUUAUGAAGUUGCAAAAUUUUUUAUUGUUUUUAGUUUGUUUUUUAAAGUGCUUUUACUUAGUUAGAGCACGACAGUUCAGAGUUACUGAUCAAGUAUAUCUAGAUAUUCGUGACGAGAACAAGGACUUAGGCAGAAUUGUGAUUGGCUUAUUUGGAGAUUUAGCACCAAAGGCUGUAAAGAAUUUUAAGGUACUGGCUACGAAAGGAAUCAAUGGAAUGACUUACAAAGGCACCAGUUUCAAUCGUAUAAUAAAGAGAUUUAUGAUACAAGGAGGAGAUGUUGUCUCUGAUGACGGAACUGGUUCAAUAAGUAUUUAUGGGGAUACAUUUGAAGACGAAAAUCUGGAUACACAACAUAGUAUGGCCGGAUUUGUAUCGAUGGCUAAUAAAGGAACAAAUACUAACGGUUGUCAAUUUAUAAUAACUACAGUUGGGGCACCGUGGUUGGAUAAUUUACAUACUGUCAUUGGAAAGGUGGUAGAAGGUCAGAAUGUGGUGCAUGUGGUGGAACACACGCCCACGGACGCACAAGACCGGCCCACGCGGCGCGUUUACGUUGCAGAUUGCGGACUUCUAUCAACGCCACAGCCCUUUUACAUUUCCGACGACCCAUAUGACUUCUGGGCGUGGAUCAAGGCGUCUACAGUACCACUCACCAUGUCCUUUUCGAUAUUAGGAUUUUUUCACUGGAUGAUGAGAAAAAUGGAGAUAUAAAUAUCUGUAUCUUUAAUAAUUGCUAUUUAAAAUAUUAAUCUUUUUUUUUAUUUUCUACUACUGAAUUAAUGUUAUUUACCUUAAAAUGUUACCGUUUGAUUCCUAUUUUUUUUGGCAAUAUGAUAUUUUAAAAUAACCACAAAGAUGAAAUUUCAUACAAUUGCACGUAAAAUAAAAGAGAAUGGAUGCGACUCUGGUUUCUUUAAAUUGAUAAUUUUUUUAUUGAUUGUUAAAAACUAAAACAUCGUCAAUAAUAUAAAAAAGAGUCUCGUAAUGGGAUAAUUAUUUAUUUAAGUUAGAUAUUAAGAAAAAAUACUACCUAGGUAUCUACUUAAUUAAUAUGUACAGAGAUUGUUUUAUUUUUACAUUUUUUUUUAACAAAUUCAGUAAA